AUGGAGGUGGAAACUCAGACACAAACCCUCCCAACCUUCGACAAUCCUCCGUUUUCUUACUCCCUCACCGACCUCGGUUCCCGCGACUUCCGCAGCUCUGAAAUGUCUGGCGUUGACCCGAAAUGCUUGGCCCCCGAAGUAGCGACUCCCGCCGUCGUCGUUGAAGAAUACUGGUGGCAAGCGAUAGAUGCUUGGAGAUUGAACCGCAGCACGAUUUCGUUCUUUGAUCACGCCGAAUCUGUGGCUAAACGUUGGAACCGUGUCGGCAAGAAUGCUUCUAAGGUGGGCAAGGGGCUAUCCAAAGACGCCAAAGCACAGAAAUUGGCUUUUCAGCAUUGGAUUGAAGCUAUUGAUCCGAGGCAUAGGUAUGGCCAUAGCUUGCAUGUGUAUUAUGAAGAGUGGUCUAAAGCAGAUGCUGGUCAGCCAUUUUUUUACUGGUUGGAUGUAGGAGAUGGAAAAGAGCUUGAUCUGAAAGAAUGCCCGAGAUCGAAGCUUCGACAACAAUGCAUCAAGUAUCUUGGACCUCAAGAGAGAGUGCAUUAUGAAUACAUUGUUGAGGAAGGGAAACUUAUUCACUCGCAAACUGGAGAGCUUCUUCAUACAAAAGAUGGAUCUCCGGGAGCUAAGUGGAUAUUCGUUAUGAGCACCUCUAAGAGACUCUAUGCCGGCUUUAAAAAGAAAGGGGUUUUCCAUCAUUCUAGCUUCUUGGCUGGAGGAGCGACGAUAGCCGCUGGAAGGCUAGAGGCAGAGAAUGGAAUUCUGAAGUCAAUCUCUGCAUAUAGCGGGCAUUACCGGCCAACAGAUGACAGGCUUGAUACCUUUUUAUCAGUUCUCAAGGAUAACGGGGUGAACCUAGACGAAGUUCAGAUACACAAGGCCGAUACUGAUUGCUACGAUGAUGGCAAGUCUAAUGGUGGGACUACAUUUAGAAUGCCAACCAACUUUGAAACUCCUCAACUGGAGAUUCCAGAAGUGGAGAAAACCCAAUCCGUAGAAUCCACUGAACUUCCCCAAGCGGAACCCAAAACUGAGUACAAGAGGACUUUAUCCGGUGGUCUUCAAAGUCCAAGAACUGAGGUGCCUCAGAAUAAGAUACUGCAGAGGAUCAACUCCAAGACCUCAGUGAAAUCAUACCAACUCGGGCAUCAGCUAUCGCUCAAGUGGUCAACAGGAGCUGGCCCGAGAAUCGGUUGUGUUGCUGACUAUCCGGUAGAGCUGAGAAUGCAGGCCUUAGAGUUUGUUAACCUAUCUCCGAGAUCUCCCCCAACGCCAUCCUACAGGCGGUUCGGUGGUCUCACAUCACCUACAUCGAAUCUCACAUCACCAACAUCUGGUUUCACAUCACAUACGUCGAAUUCCACCACGGAUGUCAAUAACGUUGAUUAGACAGUCAUCUGAUGAUUGAACUGCACCAAUAAUUAUCAUCAUCAUCAUCAGUUUUAUGCCCCAUCUCUAAUGGAUGUUUUAGAGAAUGUAGUAUAGAUAGUCAACUUCCUGUCAAACUUAAAACUUUUGACAUUAAUCGUUAAGAGCAUUUUCUUCUUAGUCAUGUUUUCAUGGAGUCACUACUGUUUCUGUUUAGUUCGUUGUAGUGACAAGUAACACGUAGCUGGGUAAAGUUUGAA